AUGGCCAUCGCCCCCGCAUACAAAUCCUCAUCCUCCACCGCCCCCAAUUCCAUUUCCAUGGGGCAUAAUUCCCCCGGGUCACUGCUCUCCUGGAGUCUAUCUGCAUUGCUAGGAGGGUCUCUUGCAUCUGCUACUUGCCACCGGGCAUCGAGCACUUGUCGCUAUGUCUCGCCCUACUUCAUGUAUGACCUGCCGUUCCCGAAAGGCGACGAAUGCGCUCGACACAUUGCACAAAUUAUUUCAUCCACAACGGUAUCCUCCGUGGAUGACCUUCUGGCCCAAAUUGAUGCUAGAGGCAAUGGCCUGUAUGGAGAAACCUUCAGCCGUGGCCCCUUUGGGGUAUUCCAGACCCGAGGUGCGGAACGGGGAGUGACCGGAGAGCACGAAAGUGUUGUAGACGACUGCCACUCAUUAGGCGAUCCCACAAAAGACCAAGAUGGAAUCCAUACUCAACCUGAAAGUGCUCCUCUCCAUGACUCAUACUCAGUUUCGAAUAUUGAUACAGAAAGUUUAUUAAUGGACCUUCCUACCGAGUCGUAUCCGGAUUUCAUUCUAGAUGCCCUUCUAUGGAAAGAUCAGGAUCAGAUUUUGUCUCGAGAAGGAUAUCAGACGUUGCUACCCGACGAUCACCAACCGUCGUUACAAGAUGUUGAUGAGCUGCUCGUUGAGGACAGUACCCGUCUCACAGAAGAGUACUCUAUGCCACCCUCAAAUCGGUUUCUUUCCUCUGUUAUCACAUCCCCCACGAUUGCAUUUACCUCUCACUUUUCGGAUCUGGACUUUCAUUCUAUCAGAGUUCUGCUGGAUUGCUACCGAAAUACUCUAGUGCCUUGCUUCCUUCCAGCUCAAAAAUAUGAGCAGUCACCUUGGGAGUUCCUGCACAUCCCAAAGGUACACGAAGCACUUGGAGAGGUCAUGGUUCGGGGAGACGCGGGAAAUGCAAAGGCCAGCUUGCUAUUCGCUGUCUUAAGUGCAAGCGCUUUCCAUGCACACAUACAUAUGUCUCCAUCGGAACAGAAGUGGAGAACAUGUGGUGGACAGUAUCGAACCCUUGCAAAAGAACGGUUGGGACUCGCGUUGAAGGAUCACUCGUCUGGCCACCAGAGUGAAAAUAUGGUUGAUAUUCUACUGGCGUUGACAAGUAUGUUUACUCUUUGUGUUGUCAGUGGCGAUAUUGAUGAGGCAUAUAUCUACCUUCGACAAAUCAGCAGUUUGAGUAUUGACUCCAGCAUCCAGCAGAGCCACAUCUCCGGCAGCCUGAGAGUAUUGCAAACUAUCAUUUUCUAUAUUCGAACUUUGCAGGAUAGCGUCGGAGUUUAUAGCGGGGAAAAGCUCAAUUCUAUGCUAUAUUUACUUACGGACGAGCCUGCAGCAAAAGGCCAUGCCAGGAGUAUAAGUCCAGAAUUCCAGGGAGGGCCUAAUAUCCCCGAAACGAACGAUUCUUUUGCUUCGACAAAUCCCUCUACACCGGCACAAGCGUCCUGCAAUACCAACCACAACCAAUCUACCUUUGAGCAGAUAUUCUCGCUUCCGACGUCUUUAUUUCAUUUGAUAUCCCGCACGACGAGACUAAUACGUGAGAUCGAGGGGUUUGAUUGUCAUGCAAAUCAAUUUACAGAUGCCUCCGAUAUACCGCUGAACGAUCGUGUUAGCCAAUUGGAGGCCGAGAUCUGGGAUUGGAAGAAGACCUUCUCCAGCUUUGAGGGGCAAAGAUUGAUGAGAGAGCGCUUGAAUUGUGCAUUUGGACCCGAAAUGUGCACUGCAGAUUCACGGGCUGAGAGCCUCUCCUCUGAGCCUCCUCUGCGGGAUUUCAUUGAGGCAAUGCACUCGGCUUUGCUUAUUCAUUUCUACCGCUCUGUCCGAAAGGUCGACGCAUUGAUGAUACAAUCUCUUGUUGAAAACACAAUUGAGUCUUUGCAACGCUGUACGGAUUCGAGGCGGAAAUCGAAUGACCCAUCAUCAAAUAUCUGUUGGCCAUUAUUCCUGGCAGGCUGUGAAGCUCUGAACUUCAACACUCGAAAGAAAGUGAGAGAGCUUUUGAAUGGAGAAACGACCCGCACCGGGAUGUGCAUGUUCGAAAAUGCAGCACAUGCGCUGAGACUGGUCUGGUCGGCCCGGGACCAGGAGAACAACCGUAACAUCAGUUGGUCGACAGUGCUGGAGAAUAACGCUGUAUUGGCCAGACUGACACUUAGUUAG